AUGUUAAAUUUCAAUUUCUAUCCCAUUCUGCAUGUGAAUGGCAUUAUGAUGUCUGUACAAGCCCUUGUUUCAAGACAUGCAGGGACCCUUUGGGAAAAAACUGUCAGGCAGUACCAAAAGUGGAAGGAUGCAUCCCUGCCUGUCCUCUCAAUAUGUUGCUGGAUGAAAUCACUCAAAGAUGCGUGUAUUUUGAAGACUGCAUUGAACCUGCAGAUGAUAGUACACCUUUGCCACCCAGCAUUCAAACACCAGCAGUUUCACACGUAACAUCAAGUACAAGCUUGUCAGUGAUCAGUAAAGCUGUAACUUCAUUUCCUGUACCUGAAGCAAAGGGCAUAGAAACAACACUUGCUUCAAAACUGCAACUCACUGCAGCUACAGGGAAAACUGAAUUUUCAGAUGUUUCAUUUAAUACAACACUUCCAACCAUAACUUCAUCACCAAAUAUUUCUUUGCAGUCAACAGAAAUGACAUCUGGGAAAACCACAACAGCAGUGUCCAGGACAGCAAAAUCUAGUGUAAGCUUGUCUUCUCCUGUUUACUUUUCUCCAUUGUUUCCAUCUACUCUCAGUUCAGUAACUUCCACAAAGAUACAACCAAUCAGUAGUGGUUCCACUAAACUAUUGAGGGCUACAAAACCUCAGACAGUAACUGCUACACAUGCAGUGACUACAAGCACAGAAGCGGAAAGCAAACCAAUUUCUACUUUUAUUUUUACUGGGACACCACUUAUACUUAGAACAACAGAAUUACCAGUCAAAACUAAAAUAAUGGAAAUAUCAGAAAUAGCCACAGGAGCACUUCCCACAAAAGAAGCACAAGUAAAACCAGAAGGACCUGCAACAUUUACACCCAGUUCAUUUGAAUCAGUAACAGAAAAAACUACUGCAUAUCUGCCCCAGUUUUCCAUACCACAACGUCUAGGCAUGCCUUCAUAUACACCACUAGUAAACCUAACAGGAGCUUUAGAGGGGACAAAAAUAAGUGUAGGACAGUCUUUCACCGCAGUAGCCAAUGUUACAGUAACAUCGUUUUCUCCUGUGAUCACUACUUCAUCUUUGUUAAAACUGGUGUCUUCAGCAACAACAAAAGCAGCAAUUGUUUUAACUGAACAAACUACAUUUUCACCAACAUCCACACCACCUAUUUCAUUAGGAAAGGCAGUUACAGAACCUCCUAUUGAAAUGGUUCAACACCUGACUCGUACUGCAGAGGUACCUUUUACUACAACUCUAGGUCCAAAGACAACUCUGCAAACUCAAGAGACACCAACAGAAACAACUCUAUCAUUUACAACUCAUAAAAAGGAAACUCCCAAAACAACAUCGCAUUUGGAGUAUACGUCAAGUUCCUAUUUCCCUCCGUAUUCACUACAUUCCAGCUCUACAACUGAAAAACCCAUCACUCUUUCUACAAAGAGACCUUCAAUGUCUGUUCCUACUCCUGCUUCUCCAGCUUCAGCUGAAUUAAAAAAAACAUUUAAAACUGUUUCAACUACAGGAUAUCCCUCAUACAUAGUUCUAAACACAACAGGGUUCCUGACUACAUUAUACACUAAAUAUCCUGUUGUGGCGACAACUGUCAGAGCGACACCUUUGUCUGAGGUAACAUCCAAAAUAACAUCCCCUUUUAAAUUAGCAGCAAAGUCAACUUUGUUUUCUGGAAAAACAUCUACCGAAUACAAGUCAACUCUACUUUCAAGUACAGUGAAGACAAGCACUUCAGCAUAUUUGGAUAAUGUUACCGCAUCAGCAGUGAAAACCUCUAUCCCAUCAAAAGAAAUCACCAGGGUUCCUUUCGUAGCUACAGAAAGAGAGUCAGCUCAACGAACAUCCGUCACUGGAUCUCUGCUUACUCUCCUUAGUGGAACUGAAACCACAUUGUUGACAACACAGCCUGAUAAAUCACAAGUGGAAAGAAUUAUUAGCAUCUCUACUAGAAAGCCAUCUGCUUUCCCUUUUUCACCAUCAAGUUCUCUAAUGUCUUCAAACAUUUCUCUUCCUUCACUACCCUCAUAUGGAAAAGAAGUAUCAGUGACAGCUGUCAGUCCCAUGCAUACAUCCCAUGUUGUACUUCCAGUAACAAAGUCUUACACUUUCUCCACCUCUCUGUAUCUAUCAGAUAAAUCAGUUUCUUCAACUUCUUUAACACAAAUGAUACCAGAAGUAACCACCACACCAAAAUAUCCAGUAGAAACUAAAAUAGUUUCUACAGCAUUGAAAUCUACAGUCCAGAGUAUAACAAAUACAGUAAAACUUACAGCAGCAGCAGCUCAGCCAUCCUUUCCUCCAUCUUCAGUAGGCCCCUUCUCUUGGCAGACAUCUUCAGGGGACAAACUUUCAGGACAGACCACAAAGACCAUGGUUAUACCACAUUUUUCUACUUGGAAGGCUAUGGAACUUGGUUGUCAGACUUCUGAGCCUUCAUGGACAAGGCAAAGCAGUACCCCAAUUUACCAAUAUCCUCCAGAAACUCUAACAAAAUCCACUGGUCAGCCACAACGUGUCUUUAGCACAACUGAAGCUACAGUAGAAUUGACUUCCUCAUACCCCUUAAUCACCGUACUACCUGAAGCUGUGUCAUUGAUGAGUACUACUCAAACUUCAAAACCUGAACUAUCACCUGAGGUGCAAACACCUUCUGUGAGUUCACCGCUAAUGAUGUCUGACCAUCCAAAUGACACAACAGCUCCAUCAGUUUCCUCAUUUGCCUAUUUAUCUACCAAACCACUUCAUGGCUUGAUUACAACAUUUUCAGAUAGACUGGCAACAGCUGAAGUAGUAUCAGGAGCCACAGCAUCAGCUUUUAUGCUGCCUAGAGAAACAGCAACUCUUCAAACUUGUACACCAAUCACAGAGAAUGAGUGCAUAAAACACAUCUGCUUGGAUGGACAGCUGAUACAAGUUAAUAAGUCGCAGAACUGCCCAUACAACACAACUCAACCUAGCUGUGGAGUUUUAGGAUUUGCUACUCAAAUGAAUGGUGACAGAUGCUGCCCGAAGUGGGAAUGUGCAUGUCGUUGCACAAUUUUCUCUGAUCUGAGCAUUGUAACCUAUGAUGGAAACCAUUUGGCUUUAUUCAAAGAAGCAUCUUACGUUGUUAGUCAAACUCAGGAUGAAACUAUAACCAUCCAUGUCAUUGACUGUAAAACGAGUAAUUCAAAUUCAACUUCUUUGUGCCUGGCGAUGUUGAAUCUAACCUAUGUAUCAAACGAAAUUAUUAUCAAUCGUUUAAGUAGAAAAAUAACAGUAAAUUCAAGAUUUGCUUGGCCUACUGUUAGAAAAUAUGGAUACAAAGUCAAGGAUUCAGGCUUCAAGUAUGCAGUUGAGACACCAACAAAAAUCAGAAUUCAGUGGUUUCACAACACAGGUGUGAUGAUUAUUGAGUUUAAUAGUACCAGAGAACCAAGAGCUUUGGGAUUAUGUGGUUUUUGUGAUAGAAGCUUGGAAAAUGACCUGAUGCUGCCCAACAGGACAGUUUUAAGCAAAAGCAAUGCUCCAUCGACUUUUAUAGACAGCUGGCAAGUGCCAGACACGUUAAAGUAUGUUGGAGAAGACAGGCAUCAGGAAACUAAUUGCUCAGUCACGGACUGCUCAGAGUGCUUAAGAAUGGUGUUGAACCAGACCUUCAGCAGCUGUCAUCCUUAUGUUCCACCUGAGCUGUUCUGUGAUAUAUGGGUUCAAGACACUGAGUACAUUCAAAAUCCAUGCAUUUCGCUAGCUGCCUAUGUGGCAAUGUGCAACAAAUUUAAUAUUUGUAUAGAAUGGAGGAGCUCUGAUUACUGCCCCUUCCCCUGCUCUGAAAACUUCUCCUAUCAGGCUUGUAUAGCUGCCUGUGAGGUUGCAGAUAGUUGUCAGAAUAACGAGGUUGCUUCCCUGGACUCGGACUCCUGCUUAGUGUUGACAGAAGGCUGUGUCUGUACUGGAGGGACCAUCCUUCACCGAGCUCACACUGCUGUCUGUAUUCCUGAAGAAAAAUGUGCUUGUACGGACAGCUCAGGAGCACCUCAUGCAGUAGGUGAGGUCUGGAAAACUUCUUUGAAUGGAUGCUGUAUGCAAAAAUGUGUUGACAGUGAGACCAUUAUUCCAGUGGAGUACAACUGUUCAGAUAUUCACAAUUUAGACUGUCAGCGAUUUGCAGAAGUGGCCUUGCUUGUUCCUGGUGAUGAGACAUGUUGUCCUCAGAAGAUCUGUAUUUGUAAUCAGAGCCUCUGUGAACGCCUAAUGCCUGAGUGUAAUGGGUUGGAAAAGCUGGUCACUUACUACAAUGAAGAAUCCUGUUGUCCCAACUACAUUUGCGAAUGUGAUCCAGCAAAAUGUGAACCAAUGGAGCAGAUGCCAAGCUGUCAAGAUGAUCAAACAUUAGUUGCUGCUCAAGUGGAGAAUACCUGCUGCAUUUCGUAUAUAUGUGCAUGCGGGGCUUGCUCUGAUCAAAUACCCAAAUGUCAAGAAGGAGAAGUCCUUAUUGUGGAUGACAACACUACAGAGAGAUGUUGUCCUACAUACCAAUGUAACUGUGAAAUAUAUCGUUGUCCUGAAUUCAAAUGUAUGCUGGGCAUGUCUUUGGUGGAGGUAUGGAGCCCAGAGAAGUGCUGCCCCUUUCGGACAUGUGAAUGUGCAUGCGAAACCAUUCCCAAACCUCAGUGCAAACUGGGGCAGAAACUUCAGAUAGAUGAACAGUUUCAGAACAGUACAGAAAAUAUCUGUAACUGUGUUAAGUACAAAUGUGUAAGAGACAAAGUUUGCCUGAGUAAUGAGAGAGGUGUGCUGCUUCCUGGACAGACAAUCAUGGAACACAGUGCAGAUGGCAUUUGCCAUGUUUCUUAUUGUACAAAUGUGAUUGAUCCCUCCACUAAAUACUACCAAAUAAACGUGUCUUCAAUAGACUGUGCUGUCAAGUGCAAAGCUAACCAAGUCUAUCAGCCUCCAAAAGAUUUAACAAAUUGCUGUGGAAGCUGUAAGAACUUGUCUUGUCUCUACACUUUCAGAAAUGGCACAGUUUCCAAUUUUAAGCCUGGUACUGUUUGGAUUUCAAACUGCAUCAGAUAUGAAUGCACUAACACAGCAAUAGGACCAGUUCUGGUUUCCUCUUCAGUUGGCUGCCCACCCUUUAAUGAAACUGAAUGUGUGAAGGUUGGAGGCUAUGUUGUACCAUUCUUAGAAGGAUGCUGCAAAACCU